AUGGUGACACCUGAUUAUCUCUGUCGCCCCUUCAAACGGUGUCCAACUGGUUCACCUCCAUACAAUAGAACCACAAGCACCACCAGCCGAUCAGGUUCUGGAACGAAUAAUUUCGAUACAAGCAUGGUGAUCAUUCUUGCAGCUUUACUAUGUGCAUUAAUCUGCACACUAGGUUUGAACUCAAUAAUACGUUGUGCAUUACGUUGCAGCCGCCGAUUCAGGGUAAGCACACGUACUAACGAGAACAUUGUUUCACGUCUUCCGGAUAUUGGGCUUAAAAGGCAGGUAUUGUGUCAGAUUCCGGUAACAAUAUAUGGGUCAUCAAAAGGAGGCAAUAAAAAUGCUCUUGUCUCACCAACUGAUUGUCCAAUUUGUUUGGGAGAGUUUAUAGAAGGUGAGAAGUGUAGGAUAUUACCAAAAUGCAAUCAUGGGUUUCAUGUGAAGUGCAUAGAUACAUGGCUUUUAUCACAUUCAUCUUGUCCGACUUGCCGGCAUUCAUUACUCGAGUUGCCGACAGCUCAGCCCCUAUCUGAGGAUUCAGGAAAUACGCCGCCAGUGACUGUAAUUAUUGAUGAUGUGAGUUGA